GAAUGCACAUCGAGCUCUGCUGAAAGCAGGCGCAGAUAUCAUCAGGACCAAUACGCGCAAUGGCGAUGGAUUGUGCCAAGCCUUCUAUGGCACAGAGGAUGCCACCUAUGAGCUCAAUAAAGCAGCGGCAACGGUGGCAAACAAGGCUGUCAUUGAGUGGGUCAGUCAAUCUUCUCAGCCAAAAUUUGUCGCUGGCGUCAUUGGCCCCUCGACUGGGGGGGGCCUCUCCUCGCCAAAGACCAAGACAACAUGGGAUCAGAUGGUUGACGCCUACCGGCCACAGGUGCGAGGCCUGGUGGACGGUGGCGUGCAUCUCCUGGUUUUGGAUAUGGUUUCGGAUACUCUCAAUGCCAAAGCAGCCAUCUAUGCAAUCCAGGAGCACUUUGAUUUGAAUCCAAAAGAGCGCUUGCCCCUUUUGAUCAAUGUCUCCUUGAAGGGUGGGCGAACUCCAUCCGGACAGAGCCCAGAAGCCUGCUGGGUGAGCCUGAGCCACGCACAGCCCUUGGCCUUUGGAGUCGGAGGCGAUGGCGCUGCUGAGUCCAUUCCGGAGCUGGCCAGGACAUGCCAAUCCUGGGUGCAGUUGACAGGCGACACUCCAAGGGCUGGCAUCAACAUUUUCUCACCAUCAGCCUCGUCGCCCAAGGACAUUCAAGAUGCAGUGGCCAAAUUGGAAAAGGCCGCACUGUCCCCACGAGUCUUACCCAAUGCUUCAAAGGUCUUGCAGCUGAGCAGCCUGGAAGCGGUCCCUGUAAAUCCCAGCAGUGGCUUGAAGUUGGUGGGUCAACGUUGCCAUGUUCAGGGCUCUCAUCGCUUCAAAGGCCUUGUACAUGCGCUGAAAUACACCAGCGAUGAUGAGGACAUUUGGGAUGCAGCAUUGGAGGUGGCGACCAAACAGGUGGAAGACGAAGCUGACCUUUUGGAUCUCAACUUCGACUCACCCAACGUGGAUGCUCCUAGCGCCAUGGGCAAGUUCGUGAGACGAUGCUCCUUGCACCCCAAGGUGGCCAAGGUGCCCUUAGUGAUUAGCUCGAUGAGUUGGAAGGUCAUCGCCGAGGGUUUGAAGAACACGCAGGGCAAAUGCAUUGUCAACGGCCUUUCGGUUGCAUCCAGCGAAGAGGAAUUCCUUCGCGCGGCUGAAGAGUGCAAGCGCUUUGGUGCGGCCAUCAUCGUCCUCGCGUUGCCAAGAGUCGAAGGCAACUACCCCAACUACCAAGAGAAGGUGCAAUCUUGCCAGCGUGCCUACCAGCUUCUUCGCAACAAGUUGGACUUUCCACCCGAGGAUAUCAUCUUUGACUGCUUGUUGACUCCAGUGGGAUCUGCCGUCAGGGCCUCUGCCAAGGACUUCAUUGAUGCAGUGGCGGAGGUGAAGAGGACCUGCCCAGGCACCAGCUUCACGGCGGGCGUCAGCAACUUGAGUCAUGGAGCCCGCACGGCUGCUAUGCUCAGAGAAGCACUAGCCAGCGCCUUCUUGAAGGAAGCUAUUCCCAAGGGCUUGAACUUUGCAUUCGUGGAGCUUGGACAUUUGCCGCCCCUCGAGAAUAUCGAGGAACCCACAAGAAGUAUGUGCAUGGAUGUGAUGAGCCAUCAGGCCGCUGAUGGGCCGCACGUCGCUCGCGUCCUCAAUUUUGCCUCCUUCCUCUCCGGAUCUUCAGUGGCCGACGAGGCGCUCCGCAAAGCGCCCAAGAACACCUUGCAGCGGAAGGACAAGGCGGCCAUGGUUCCGGUGGUGCAGAAGCAAAGCCCACCGGAGCCGUUGAGACCAUCUCCACAGUUCACACAUCCGGUGGAGAUCCUGGUGCAAGCGACUGGAACGGUCAGCUCAUCCAUUUUCCAGACCUUUGGAAGCAAAGCUCAUGCUGCGGUGAACUACCACAGGUUGAUCACGGCCACUACCAUCAACAGGACAGUGCAUUUCUCCUCUAUCUCAGUCUACAUGGGCCAGGGAGGUUCAGGACCCGUGACGGGAGCCAGCGGUGUCAUGGAUGGCCUGUCCUUGUGGGAAAGACACCAAGGCAUCAACCAGUACUCCACCACCGUGCUGUGGGGUGCCAUCGGCGAGAUCGGUCUACGAAAGGCAAUCUACGGCUCCCGAGAUGUCUUCGCACAGUUUGACUUGGGCCAGAAGCUGAUUGGCCCAGCAGACACGGCCUUCCUGGAGAGGGUGGUUUGCUGUAAUCCGGCCACUUGGGACUUUGUAGGUUUAGCCUACCUGGACCAGACCUGGCAAGAUUCCUUGGAGCUGCUGACCUUGAAUGAGCUCGAGGAGAAGGAUGAGACACUCCUGAAAAAGGCCACCAAGUGUCGGCAAGACAAAACAAGCAUCAUGCAUCAGAUCAAGGAAUGCCAAGAUCAACUCAGCGAAAAGAAGGCAGAGAUCGAGGAGUGGCACACUCAAGAGCAGAAUCUCCAGGCAGAGUUCACCGAUUUGGUGGGAGAGAACUCGCCCUUCCUGAGUGCCUUGCUGAAGGUCUACAAGAAGAAGGUGAAGAGGUCUAAACGAAAGAAGGGUGGGGAAGAAGAAGACUUUGACGAAGAUGAGGAGGAUGAGGAUGAUGAGGGCAGCGACAUCGAAAGUGACGAGGACGAGGACAUGGAGGAUGAUGACACAGGUCCACCUCAGGGGUGUGACCAUCAGAUUUAUGAAAGUGUCAUUGACCUCCGGGAUAAGCGCCUGGAAAUGGAAGAUGCGCUUCAAGAGAUUCAACGAGCAGUUGAGGGUUUGAAGCAAACCCACAAGCGGCUUUUGGAUGACGAACGGCGCAUUGACAAGGAGCAGAAGAUGACUGAUGCCGAAAUCCAGCAAUUCCAAACUGACAAGCAGCGCAAACUGAACCAGGUGCCCAUCGUCUUCGCGCUGCGGCUCUCGCAGGUCCAAUGCCUCGCAGCCGAGAGUGACGCGAUGGAACGCAUGCCGUCGGAGCUGGGGGAACAGGUGAUUUUCACCAACGAGGGACUCAAGAGGCUCAUGUCUCGCAUCAACGAGCUGCAUCAGGAAAUCAAGGAGGUGAAGGCUCGGCACAAGCAGCUGCAACGGGACUUCCGCGUUCGAAAGAAGGACAAGAACGUGGCAUUGCAGCACAUCGAGGACCUUCACGGGAAGUUUCAGGACAUCCAGAUGCUCAAGUUUGGCCAAAUCGUGGAUUUGGAUCUCAUUGAGCGCUCGGCGCCGAACAAGUACGUCCAGGAGCUGCAAGAGAAAGUCUUGCAAGCUGAAGCCGAGCACCGGCGCCGCAUUGCCGAGUGGCAGAAGAGAAUGGAGAAGCAGAAGAAGGAGCUGACCAAGAUCACCUGUGACAAUACUUCACUCAUGGAGCAAAUUGUCAGUAUGGGCUAUUCGCAGAUGCAGCUGGAUGCUGCCCUCAACGCACGGAUAGCUAACGUCACCGUGAAUGACAAUGAGCCCCUGAAUGAGCUGCGUGAGAUGGAGAGAGACCGCUGCAAAGACCUGCUGUCGCUUCAAUCCAAAGAGAUCGCCACCUUGAAGGCAGAGAUCAACCUCUUCCGGAAGAAAGGUGGUCACAUUUACACGACGGUGACUGCCAACCGCAGCUGA